CUUGAGACUUGGGUCCUGAUAUGUUACGUGGUCUCGUCUCACCCUCUCACCACUUACACGGCUCAGACGCCGCCGCACCGGAACUCAUUGUCUCUGAUUUGCAUCAUGACUGGCUCGUGUCGUCACUCUCCAAUCUGUCUCAGUACGCUAAAUCCAUCCCCUGCAGCUUGUCAGCUCAAGUUGUCCAGCCACUUUUUGUAUCAGGCGGGCUACGCUAUCACAAUCACUACAUUGGCUGUGCCGGACAAGCUGGUGGAGAUAGCUGUUUAGAGCUUCAAUUGGCGUGCUUUGGUUUUUGCGUGCAUAAGGUAGUCAAGCGACCUGUUGAUGGCACUAUCGAAUAUGGAUACACUCAACCAGAUAGCCUACGCAUUGCUGCAGAACGCCAGGUCUUCUGUACUUUGACUGUUUGCUUGAGUGGCAAAAGUACUUUUCUAGGCAUCUCACCAUAUCAUGUUCAGCCUAGUCCCCUUAUCACAGCUCGACUUCAGUCAAUGGGUUAUACAACGGAGGACACAACAAAUACUCAUCAAUGCUCAUCAUCCCUUCAUGAAUCACACAUUUCUUUAGCACAGAUUCUGUUUUGGUAUCAUCGAUACAAUUCGGGGUCCUCUUAUGACCCAACUCAGUCAGUACAUACAGCCCGUGUUUCAGGAACAAAGCAUGGACGAAUACCUUGGCAUCAUCACCUCCAUGUUUGCUUGCUUUGAAAGACCAGAUGACUUUUCGGGCUCGGCCCGAAGUCUAAUCAUCGUUUCCGGCGCCUCAGCUAAUAGUCUACCCUCUCCUCGGGACAGGUCCUUGCGUCGAUGUUUGCUCGACUUUCUACUCUGUCAUUGGAUGCUAUUAACAGAAACGAGAGCAUGACGCCUCAUGCACGUUGCCUUGUGUUGGGAGCUGAGACAAGUAUGAUCUGCAAUGAGGCUGCGUCCUUUGAGUUGUGGUGUUGAGAAAUCGUUAAAAAUAGACGAUAUCAUGUUGGUCACAAUCUUAGAAGGAUUAGAGAUCUAGCUAGUGUGGCUUAAAGAAACACGGCACGUAUUGCAGUGGAACAAGAGUUCCCACAGCACAGUCUAUAUUUAUGCUCUAAUGCUGAUUACUCGAAC